AUAGUCGAGUCGAAGAAGCCGCCGAGGCAGCUCACAAUAGUACCGCGGCAUUAUUUCGUAUGCUCCAUAUAAUGUAAACAUUGGACCGUAGACAAGUUUACACGAGUGAUCACAGUGAAGGAAGUAAACCACACUUAUUCAGGAUGAUGUUCCAGGCCAGGAUCUCGUCUGUAGACUAAAGACGACUUAAGUUAUCUGUUGAAACAAAGUCAUGCUUGGAUUAAUUCCAGAGAAGAAGAUAAAAUUGGAAGACGCUACCGCCGGUAAUAAUGAUUCGUAACAACAUUUAUUAAACACGAAAGUCAACUCUUGAUGACAGGUGCAUGCAUGCACGCAGUUUCCAGGCUUCAAGAAUCUAACACUUGCCAGGGAAUUCUAAAGAGAAAUUUGCAAGCUUUUGGACAAGUGAGGGGGAAAGAACAAAUAACAAAUUGUUUACAUUUUGGAAGUGAAACAAAACUAUGGCAGGGGUCAUGAGUCACUUUAAGAAGAACAAAGGACCUAACAUGGUAGGUCAAAGGUCAAAUGAAGAACUGUGGACGAGGACAGGAACAUUUAUCAACAAACCAACAAGAGGAUGGUUACAUAUUGAAGAGGAACUUAAAGACCAUGGAGGAGUGUGUUAUGGUGUGAGGUAUGUUGGCUGUGUGGAAGUGAAGCAAUCAAUGAGGACAUUACCCUUUGAGAUGAGAGGACAAGUCACAAAAGAAGCUAUCUUCAGAAUAUGUGACGCAGCAGGAUUCAAGUAUACAAGAAAGAAAAAGGCAAGCAAGACAAUCUGUAAGAUUAUAGGAGAGAACCCUAACAUUCUAUUUGGAGGAGCCAAUGUCAAUCUCACAAUAUCUACAGCCAGCAUUAACAUCAGAAUAAAAGAAACCGGAAAGCCAAUAGCCAACCAUCAGAUGCAGGGCAUCUCGUUUGCAUCAGGUGGCGAUGCUGAAACUCAGAACUAUGUGGCGUAUGUGGCAAAGGACCCAGUCAAUGGAAGAGCAUGUCACGUACUGGAGUGUCUAGCAGGUUUAGCUCAAGAUGUCAUUACGACGGUGGGUCAAGCGUUUGAGAUCAGGUUCAAGGAUUACCUCCGCAAUCCACCCCAGGUCUUCAGUACACCUGACAGAAUGGAGGAGCCCUUAUUUCAUGAGGGGGAGUCAGCUUGGGGAGAUGAUCCAGAUUACUACAAUGACAUCAGUAAACUCAAUGUGAACCUGCCAGAUAGAGGGGUCCCGCCACCACCCUCCGGCCAGUAUAUGCCUACCAGUCCAACACGACAUCAGCCUUACACAGAACUUCUUGGGCAGCAGGGAUCUGGUGGUUCCUCCCCCGUCGGUCCCCCUCCCGGCUACACGGCCAAUCCUCCACCGUACUUUGACAGCAACCAUCCUUCAAACAGCAGCCAGGCAUCAAGUAACCCCAGAGGUCCGCAGGGCGCCACGCCAGGCCAUCAACCCAUGACGGGGAGGUUAAUUGAUAUAGAUAGCGAGCCCCCCAUCUACGGGGCCACAGCCUCACCCUCUAGGAACAAUGGACCCACUGCGUUGGAUAACCCUCUCCAAAGAUCAUCAAGACAUACUAGUUCCUCCUCAUCCCAUCUAAGUCCCCAACAUAGUCCCACCCACAACAACAACAUCAAGAAACCAUCUCGCAAGGCCAAGCGAAGAACCCCGUCCCUCUACGACAACCCGCCCACCAAGGAGGACGUAGAGGCCAAGGUCAAGCAGCUUACACCGGCUGAGAGGAACCAGUACCAGAACAUUAUAGCCAACCCUGACUGGAAGAAACUGGUUGAUUCCGGUUAUGACAACCUGAGGAUGCUUAACGUCUGGAAGCAGAGCAAGUCGGUGAUGCUCCAUAAAGGUGGUGACCAAGAAGGGGAAUAUGCCAAUGUUGCUUGUUUCCAUGACGAUCAUGAUGAUGAUGAUGACGAUGAUGAGCAUGGCAACCGGAAUGAUGGGGAGGAGGAAGAAGAGGAGGAGGUUGAUGAUGCACUUGGAUCCAUGAUGUACGAUGACCAAAGACCGGUCUCGGCCAAUUACGACAAUCCUCAGAGUCCAAAGUUUAGUGACCGUAAGAUGACCGAGGCUGCCUACAACGCAUCAUUGCCGAACCACCCUCUCAACUUGGAGGUGGGUCAGCAACUACAGAGGGCGACAAGCAACGGAGAUCAACAUUCAAUCGAUCCAUUUGAUAUGGAACCAUUCAAUCCUGAAGCAGCUAAACAGCCCUCCAACCCUUCUGCAGGAGGUGGUGGUGGUGCCUCUGGCCUCCAUCCUCAUGACAUGGCCCCACCCACAAACCCGCUCUACAACGAAGAAUGGUUCCAUGGGCCUAUGAGUAGAAAGGAAGGGGAGCCAUUGCUCAGCAACGAUGGUGACUUCCUGGUGAGGGAGAGCACGACGGCCAAGGACCAGUAUGUCCUGAGCGGGAUGCAGAAUGGAACACCUAAACAUCUGCUUCUGGUGGAUCCUCAGGGCAAGGUAAGAACGAAGGACAAGGAGUUUGACAGCGUGAGUCAUCUCAUCAACUACCACCGUAACAACCGACUUCCCAUCAUUUCAGCCGGAAGCGCUGUCCAUCUGAAGACCCCGGUCGUCAGGAAAUUCAAAACAUAGGUGCCCCUCCCCCCUCCUGCCCCCUUUUUGUUAUAAAAUCCCUAAUUUUUUUCAAACUCUAAUUAUAUUUGGAUCGAAAUGUGAACGCUGUGAAUUGGUAAAGGACAAUCGGCCAGAAGUAUACCUCGCGAAGAAGAACAUGUAUGUUGUCACAGCUGAUAUCUCUAAAACAUUCUGUAAGACUUUGGAGGAGCUUUUCUUGAGAGCUUGAGUCAGUGAUGACAUGAUUGUGACCAGCUGUAUGCCAGGGUUUGUUGGUGUUCUUUCAAUUGCCACAUCUUGAAGAAAUGUAAUUGACAUCCCGGCUCCCGCUCUGAUAUUGGCCUUCACUCACAUCAGGCUAAUAACUGGAACACAUUGCAACAUAUACAUUUAUAUCAAAUAUUGAUAGAAAAAGAUAUUUAACUUCCAUUGGUGUCGCAGCAUUUAUUCAUUUCAUGAUAUUUUCUGUAUUUGUUUAUCAACUAAGCUCGCACCAAUUUCUUCAGGGGUUGGACAGUAAUUCCCAGUGAAGCAG